GGCAAAUUAAUUCUUGUCUUACCGAAAAACAAGAAAUUCGGCCCAUUGGUGCCGAUUCGCCCGCCGUCGGACAUAAGCGAACUUUGGAUCGUCGGCUGAAAUGCGUCUGAAGAGUUCGGCCGCAGAAAAGCUUGUCUGCCUAGGCCGAAUUUGUGGUUUUGGACGGCGACCAAGGACCAAGUCCAAAACAAACUGGCGGCGGCUUCCUCUGGAGUCUUUUUGGGGCAAAGGCCGCCUCCAGCACCGGCUUCUUUGUGGCUUUGCCCUUUCUCCGGUCCUUCUACCUGCAGCAGCUCCAUGCCUGUCCGCAUUCUCAGCCUUCUUAACAAAGCCAGCCGCAUACUGUCGUCCCCGUUGGCCAGUAUUAAAUUGAUUUAUUUCUAAUUGAUGAGUGGAAAAACCAAAAGUCGUCUUCGGAUCCAGUGCACACUACGACCAUAGUAUAAAAUUUGGCAAUUUAACACCUGCCUUUGCCGAAAAUCGGCCAACGACCAGACCAGCGGCCACAAACUUUGGCUUGGCCGCCUCGCAGAACUUUGGCUUUGGCAAAUACCGACUUUUUAUAACAUUAGACGCGCAAGUGGCCGUCAACAUUCUAAGGACAUGCUGUCGGGUCAGAAGUGGCUGGCCAAGGAGUCCUUCAAACUGAGCCACCUCCUGACGCACCCUGAUUGUGCUCACCAUUGUCCUUCUUCGCCCCCUGAGGUCCUCGGGGAGUGGUGGGGGGCGCGUGACCCGCGGUUCGGCCGCGCCUUCCUGGCUCGGCCGGGUUGCAGCGUCGCCAGGGUAAGCCGCCCUCACCUGCGCCACCCCCGCAGAGGGGCGCGCUGGAUCACGGCGUCCGACCCGCCGCCCCGUCUUGGAGGAAAAACCAGGGUCUUCGAGCGCGUCCCCCCAUCUACCCUUGGGCCUUCCCCCCUCAACAACCUCCACCUGAGGACACCUUCGACAGUCCUGGCAAGACUCAGCAUCCAGAAGGGUGUUCCGUGGACAGGUGAGGGCGCUGGAUACCAUUUCACUUGGCGCUACACCGCUGUGCUCCAGAGUGAGGCAGGCCGACCUCUGUCCUGACUUCAUCGCCAGCCCACUCUGCCCGCAAAUUUUACUCUCUCGAGGCGUCUGUCUGUCCCCUGGAGCUGAUUCAAGGAGAGUCGAGAGCUUUUGGCCAGCGAGGUCGCACGUCAAGCAGCACCCUCGUGUUCUUAUUCCGCUUUGGAAGAAAUCGAGGAUCACCGUUAGAGGUUGCAGUAACAGGAGGAGGCUGAAAAACUCGUACCGACCCUGGAGGAAAAAUGGCAAAACCAAGCCUGUCCAAAGAACUUGUAGACAAAGUUUUGCAAGCUUGCGAAGCUCGCCUGCAACCAAAAAGCACCACUCGACUGCUCGGUGAAUACGCCCGCCAAGGAAUCUUUCAGAGAAUUCUUUUACGCAAAGACGACGGGUCGGAGCAAUUCGAGUUUGCCGACGAUUUCAUCGGGACCGACGUCAACCUUCUUCCCGUGGAAAUUGAGAAGGUGUAUUGUGUGAACGGCUGUUUGUACUUCCUCAUGAUUAUUUCUGUUUUGGCACACGACUCGCAAAAUGUUCUUCGCUCCCUUACUCGUUGGAGCAGCAAAUUGGUCCGCGCCUUUAUUGAAGAGUGCAUCGGCUGCAACGGCAAGAUUUCCAAGUACUUGGACACACUACGAGGCACGAUGGCUGUCCGGCUCUUGCAGUCUGUUCUACCUGACGAGAUCGAAGUGUCGGAGACGCUGAUCAAGGGUAGCGCCGCAAGACUUCAUCCCUUGCACUGCUUGUUCAAGGCGGGCUUAAGCAGUGCGCUGAAUUACAUCGUUUGCCCAGCCUGCGCCACGGUGCCACAGCCUACGAAAAUAGGAUUAAUUUUCUUCGAUCGCCUGGCUCAGUACAUGGCUAAUGGCUUCGUAGAGAAACACUUGGAGGAGGAGUGCGCCAAGUGUGCUGGAAAACUCGUAAGCUUGGAUGUCAUCAACCCGAACGGUUUCAUCGUAGCGUGCGGGGCCUCGGGACGUCCAGCAAACGAGGACACGGUGGACACAGACUUCCCCCUACACCUGACAUUGGGCCAAAGGCACUUCUACAGGUCGGCACUGCUCUUUGUCGAUACACUCGAUGACGGCGUCAACCUCCUCAACUCGGUUCCCUCCCGCAAGAUGGCCGAAGUCGUGGCCAGAUUUAGGUCCGAUGGCUGCGGAUUUGAUGUCAUCGUCUUUGCAGUGGCUUACAACGGCUAGCUGAUUUAGGUCUCAGUGGCAUGUCCAAAUCUGUAUUUCAUUUUUCCCAUUUAAUUGUAAGAUUAAAGUAUCAUGUCAAAUUUGAAAAACAACGCGUAUAAAAAUCUAUUAAAAGAAAUGUGAAUUACUAACCUGAAAAUGAAUACUUUUUUUCUCAAAUUUUCACUGCAAUUUUGUAUAUUACAAAUGUUGUAACUAUUUGUGUAGAAAUAGCAUAUUUAUUUUAACGUGUUUCAAAACAGACUUUGUGACCAAAAAUCGAUACUAACCAAUUGAUUCCAAGACCGGUGCAUAUUUGAUUUAUUAUUCUCCUCUUUAUGUGUCAGAAGUGUUUUAUUAUGUAAAUUUAAUUACGAUUGAAACUUUAAUUUUUGAUUAUUACAACGAUGUCUAUUACUCUCACUAAAAUUUUGUAUUUUUAUUAAAUUUCUUAAAUGAUAAAAUACAGAAACUUAAUUGUAAUAAAGCAUUGUGU